GUUUUGGUUCUAUGAGUGUAGAAAAUUGUGAUGUAAAAAAGAGAAGAAUAAAUGUUUGUUGACCAUCAUGGCGAAUCCUAGGAAAUUUAGUGAAAAAAUAGCCCUCCAUAAUCAAAAGCAGGCUGAGGAAACGGCCGCCUUUGAAAAAAUUAUGCGUGAAGUUUCCGACGCAACCAAUAAGCCAGAAGAAGCCUCGCUAGCGACGCAGUAUGGCCUCGGUGGCAGAAGCGGGGGUGCUUCUCCCACACCCAGGUCACCGGGGCAGAGGGGUAGAGCCUCUUCAUCAGGGGGACCGAUGCGGAGGCCAGCGGACCGGAAACAUGACACCAGUCCGUAUGGAAGUAAUGUUUAUCUUAGCCCCCCACCGGACAGCAAUUGGCGGCGGACGAACUCAGACUCGGCGUUACACCAAUCGUGCGGCAGUGAGCAACAGGUGGUUGCGCAGCCGCUGUCGCCGCAUCAUCACCCCAUGCAUUCCCACGCCCACCCACACUUGCAUCCCCAUCAGAACCAUCGACGAGGUGCAAAUAUCAAUCUUGACGUGCUAAACACGCUGGGAAUGAAUCCCACUAACCGUCCUCGAUCAUCAUGUGAAAUACCAAGAAUACCUAACAACAACAAUGUAUACGAAAGCGGGGGGGACGGUGGGGGUGGCGGCGGCGGUGGCGGACUGGCGUGCGGCGAGCUGCAGGUGCCGGGCGGCUCGCUGCCCGACCUCACCUCCGUGCACUUCCCCCCGCCCCACUACAUGCCGCACCGGACCUCGCCCGACUACCAUCAGCCCAGAUACAGUCCCACGUCACCCGGUGCGUCCCCCGGGGGCGGCAGCGUGUCCCCCGCGACCGGGGGCCUGUCCCCCGCCUCCGGUUCCCCGGUCGGCGCCACGGUGCCGCUGGCCACAAUUCACCAAGACCACUCUCUCUACGACACACAAAAUCACUUAUCUGUACCAAACACAAAUAAUUAUCUUCAUCAUAAUAAGAAUAUGUCAUCGUUAGACCACGGCUGGAUAACGUCGAGUCAAUACCAAUCACACUGUAGUCCGCCCUCUCAAUAUUCAUCCACGUCGAAUAUCAACGUACCUUCCCCAACGAUGGUGCACAGUCCAGGCAGUCCAGUAGAAUCGCCGCAGACUGACUACAACAACCUUCAUCAAGCGCUAUUACAACCCUUCGAGCAAAUCACAAUGCUGGAUUCCCCCACGUCGAACUACAACACGUCGUAUAUCAAUCACAGUUCGCCGCAUUCGCAGCAGACAACGAAUUCAACGCACACAUAUUCUCAGGCUUAUCACAGUAAUGUGUCGUUGCAGUCGUCGCACGGCGGUCACAAUAUGCACGGGGCGCACCACAUGGCAUACAGCAGCCACGGGCAUCCGGGGCACGUGGACCACACGCAGUCGCAGGUGCCGGCCCCGGAACCGCGGAGGGCGCGUGACCCCGUGGCAGGGGGCGGGGCCUACUCCGCGUUACAGCCCCUCGCCUCCCCCUCUCAGCCUGCCACGCCCGCCACACCCGCGUCGAUACCCGAUAUCAUACUAACAGAUUAUUCGGGUGAACUAGACCCCGGUAUAUUCGGCGGUGAAGAGGCGCAACUUCGUGCGGGAUUAGACCUCGAUGAUCUUACGCUACUGGAGGAGCCCAGCGCCCUUCUACCCGAUUCGUCAGUCGAGCACGAGUUCCGACUCGAUCGACUCGGCGACUUGUAGUAGUGCGCCCGUCCCCACGUCGCGACCCCCCUCGACCUCCUCGAUCGCCCCCGCUGGUGCCGCGAUCCCCGGACCCCGGGUAGAGCGCCGAGCGGAUGCGCCUGACGUAGGUUAACGAGGUGAGCGCGAUGACUCCCUAAACUUCAUGACAAUUUCUAUCGUUUCAAGUCUGAAUUAGUGGUUAUAUAGGACUCGGUUUAGCCGUCGUUUAGUUUAACGAGGGUCAGUGGCAGUAAGUUUGACCGGAGAUGCGAUUCUAGCGACCCGACUCUUUUGGGUCAUGUAGCUCAAAAUGAUGCAAUGAAAUAAACUUUUGCGCUUGAGAGUCGGAAGAACUAAAGGUGAUUGGACAAGCUGGACUGUAUAAAGAUCUUUAUAACAUAUCGGAUAAGAGCUUUCCGGAACCCAGGUACGUGCAGAAAGUUAUAUGUCUUCACAUUCUUCAAGGUAUGUUGGCAUCAGUGCUUUCUGUUAGGAUCAAGGUCCACACAUUGUACUAGGGCAUCAUAAAUCCCGAGAGCACUGAUGAAGCGUACGUACGUUCGAUACGCAUGCCAAUGAUACGGGCAAGAGUAAAUUCAUUCAUACAAGUUGUAUGUACCCUGACUGGGCUUUGACCUUGACUGGUCUGGCCAGGCCAUAAGGGAGCGACGGCGACGCGACUCGUCACACAUUCCCAGCGCGCGGCGCGAGCGUGUGCGACCGCGCCGCGCGCGUUUGAUCGCGUGCCGAUACUGGCACGAUGUGAACCAGUUAAACUGUAACAUUUAUGAGUGCGAGUGUUCAUUGUGGUUUAAAAUGUUUUAACUCGUGUUUUUAAUUCGGAGGGAUAGCGGUACGUUUGUAGAUUUAGAUUUUCUAAAUGGUGAUCGAUCGAUUUCAUCGACUACUCGUGUACAGAUUGUUUAUUUUUUUAAUAAGUAAAGUAUUUGUGAAUAUGUACUCGAAUAUCAUUGGUGAAUUUAUUUCGGAUUCGAUUAAAAAAAAGUUUUGCGAUUAACCGAUCGACCAAUGCGGUCGACCCUGUAAAUAUAACUCGAAAGUGUUCACUUUAUAAAGUUGCAUUUAAAUCGCUAACGUUGCAUGCUAGUUUAAAAAGCGAACGUGUCGUUUAAACAAUCGUUGACGCGAUUAAAUUUUUUCUAAAGUUUUUAAUAAUAUCUCUCUCGACUUUUUUAUAUUCUCUAUCGUCUUUCAGCGAUUGCUCAAGCGUUGACUGAAACUUUAUCCGAAUAAUUCUUACCGUAGAUAGUUCCACAAUUUACCACAAUUUUUAAAUAUUAAAUAUUCGUCAGCACAGGCUUACAAACCUUACUUGGCAUUUUAAAUGCUCCGUGUUACCAUUUUGUAUAUUGUAUUCGAAUUUAAUGUCCCAAUAAGGGCUUCUUUCCUCUAGAGUUGUGCGAGGUAGCUGUCAAAGCGAUGAUCUAAUGUAAUCUGUGAAACUAUAUGCCCUGCCUACGGCUUUUACCAAAACUAAGCGGAUCAAGUGAGAUGUGCAGCAGAUGCGCAAAUAUCCUAACAAAAUUCAAAAUUGCAUAGCUUAGCAAAUUCACCAAAAACUGCUCACGAAAUACAUUACGUGAGGUAACUUUUGACAUAUGUUUAUAAAUAUUAAGUCAAGUCAACACGUCACAAAUUAAGUCAAGAGUGGAUUCGCGAAAUUACCAAGGCAGUAAAGAUUACUUUUGACUGUGAUUCAGCAAAUAAAACUAGUGUGGAAAGUACAAUUAGAUUGAUACAAAUGUUAGAGAAGUUAUUAAAUAAAUCUUUGAAAAUAAUGUUUGUAUCCCGUACAAGGUUUUAUUAAAGUCUAUACGAAAUAAAAAGUAAGCCAGUAAACUGAUCUUAUCCAUAUAAAAAUUGAAGAUUUGUUUCAAGGACACUCCUCGUACAGCCGUGCUGAAAAGACGCCUUUAUGUUUGUAAAUAAAAAAAGCUGUUAAUGUAAAUUUUACUAAGCUUUUGUCGCAAAACAUAUCUGUGUAUGUACGUGCGCGUGGUUGCAAUUGGUAAUUAUUCGGUGACGUGAUUUCGUCAUUCGUUUGUUAUAUAAUUAGACAAUGGUGCCGAUUUUGUUUUACACGAAACUCACAGGGUUAAAAGUAAUGCUAUCAUCCUUCUCACAAUGUUACUAGUAUAGGAUAGGACUGAAAGAACUGGCAAUUUAGUCUAAAAAAAACCAACGAUAAAUAAUUAAUGUAAACACACUAAAGCUAUUUGCGUGCAGGAAGAAAAGGAUGGAUAGCUUUGCUUUUCUUUCUCACGCAAAUCAACUAACCCUUUUCGUUGACAUAUAUUUAUUAGAGCAAUCUAUACAACAGAAUUAGCACCAUUGUAUACAAAUUUCGAUUAUUAUCUAUAGAUGUUGACGAAUAUUUGCAUUUUCACAGUAGUAGAACUACAUCUGAAGUUAAACUUUAUAGUGUUUAAGUUUCGAAAUAUUUAGUUUAAGUUUUCAAUGUGCUCGCAAACUCCGAGAUUCGUGUCUCAGCACGAGGUUUUUUUUUAACAUUUGUACAAAUUAUCUAUAAAAUAUUGCGAGUACGAGCGAUUAGUUACGUGUUUUAUUUGUUUCUUUUGUUAAUGCUCAUUUUAUUAUGUUUUAAGAGUCUAGUCAUCAAGUUAUAUGAGUUUCAAAGGAAAUAGAACUUUUUUUGCGCCUCUGUUGAAAUCGAAAAUGUUCAUUUAUAUACAGAUUUUAUGUGUCUAUCUGGACAAUGUUAAUGUAAGGCUUUCUUGUUUACUUGUAAAACUGUUUGAAUUUACGCAUAAGGGUGUUUUUUUUAUUGAAAAGAGUGUUUGGUUGAUUUUCUUCCUAAUUUUCAACAAUAAAAAUAAGGUUUAGCAAAGAACUUGUUGAUAAAUCAGCAGUGAUCGCAUUAGAUACAGAUUAUUUACCUAUAUUUAGAAGAUCACAGACUUCCUUACGUUAAAUUUAUUAAAUCAAAAUAAUAAUAGAAUUUAAAAUCUAUUUCUGUUGACCAGAAUUGCCAAACACAAAAGACAUGUUUUUGUAGUUUUCAUUAACAAACUACAAGGUCGGUAUUUAAAAUGAAGUCAAUAAUUUUUAAUAUUAUCUUUAAAAGCGCUCCGAACUAAUGAAACAAAGGCUAAUUUGGCAUGUCAACAUAAUUUACUAUUUUUCAUCUUAGAACUGCAUAUCUUUUGAAUUUUUCUUGUGCAAACACUAAACCAAUUCGAUUAUUUUGCUGUUUUGAUAACAUUAUUAAUGCAAUUAACCAAUUUGACAUAUAUGAUAGCAGGCGGUUGAGUGAUGUUCUGAAAUGAGACACAAAAAUGUAGUCGUAAGGUUUCAACUAUUGGCUAGGUUCUUCGAAGUUUAGGUUUAGUUUACUCUACCUAUUCCGAUCACUGCACAUCCUUUACCAGGUGAGUGUUAUAUAUCUUUGCCGUCAAAGCGACUGCAAUGGCAUUUACGAAGGAUUAAGUUUUAAACUACUUGUAAAGGUUCGAUCGAUUCGAUCAUAAUGUGAAAUGGCGUUUAUAUCUUAACCCAUUUUACUAUAUUUAAAACGAAAUUUUUUUAUAAGUAAACAAGUAGCCACACAAUUUCAAAAUGCCAAAUUGUUAAAAUAUUAUAUCAUUCGAGUAUUUUGUUCAAUUAUUACAGAUUUUUAUAAAGGAGAUGCAAUCCGUCGCUUAUAACGCAAGACGUAGUAUAUCUAAUAUUAAAGUAUUUUUUUAUACCAAAACUUAACAAACGUUAACCAUUAUAUUUGAAUCUGUUGUUGUUCAUUAUCGUUAUUUACCUACAAAAACCAAUACAAUAAAUAACGGUUUAAAGUUAUUUUUGUAAAGGUUUUUAGCUUCACAUUUUUAAUGGUUGCCUUGUUUUACAUCGUGAACUUGUGUAAACAUAAGUGAGUAUAAAUUAUGACUUUUUAAUUUGUAAAUAUUUAUUUUAUUUUCAUUAUUUUAAACUGAUAUAAUCGUUUUGCGUUAACAGCGAUAAAAUAGCGAUUUUGCGCACACAACAUAAAUCAAACAUGUGAAAAAUAUAUAUGUUAAUACUACGACAAGAUUUUAUUUUUCUGGAUAUGCUUUACUUGUUAAGUGUACAUUGUUACAAUAUUGCCUACAAUGUUGGUAUAUUUUGAAUAUUAUUUUAUAUUCCACCUCUAGAGUGUACUGUAUGACAGAUGUAGAAUGUAUAAUUGUAAUAUAUUAUGUGAUAAAGGAAAUAAGCACAAGAUAAAUCAUAGUGAAGCCUAA